AUGGCUUCUAUCUUAAUAGUGAUGGGUGUAAGCGGUUGCGGGAAGAGUACAGUUGCAAUCGAGCUAGCCAAAAGACUAAAGGUCGAAUUUCUAGACGGUGAUGAUGUCCAUCCUGAAUCAAAUAUUCGUAAGAUGAGUUCUGGUAUACCAUUAAAUGAGGAGGUAUGUCUUAUGAUCGAUCGAUGUUUCGAUUGA